AUGUGCGUGAAAGGCGUUAGUGAACGACGAUUAGUACGAUUAUUGCUAUUAUGGGUGUUAUGCGGCGUAAUGGUACCGCGUUGUGCGGGCAGUGCCGUCCUGAAAGAAGCUGGCGGCAUUGGCCCGACCGAGAUGAAGUUCGAUCUGCCGGUUAUGGCCACCGCAUUCGUGCAGACUGGCAACGAGUUGCAUUAUUUCUCAGAUGUCGAGUACCACGAAAACCUCAUCGGAGGUGCUCCUGUCAAGAGUGUAUCGAAAUGCAGGUCAAUCGGCGUACCGCAUCAACAAAAGGUACGCAUUCAUAAUCCAACCGCAUCUACAGUCCGAUUCGAUGCUAUUUCCGGAUCGACUGUCCAUUUUCACUGCUCGUUCCCUGAACAUAAGACGGUGAAUCCGGGCGAAUCGACGUCGUUCGAUGUGGUAUUCUUGCCACGGCAGGAAGGUCCUAUCGACAACGUUUUAUUUGUUCAUUCAUCACUUGGUACAUUCACUUAUACUGUUCGGGGGAAUGGUGCGUCGAAUCCGUACCGAAUACGACCGUUCGUCGGUGCGAAGGUGCCUCUGAACGGCACGUUCAUCUCGGCCGUGCAACUGCACAACCCACACCCGAACACACUGCGUAUCACCGAAAUGUACACGAGUGGUGCUGAUCUUCACCUCGAGUUACCACUGCUCUCAUCUGAUAAUGUCGAUAACGCGGCCAUUAAAAGCAAUUUAUGGGAAAUAGCACCAUAUCAGACAAAAACAGUGAUGAACGCAAAGAUGUUGGCUGCAAAAGAACGGAACGCAAACGCCUUCAUCAAAAUAAAAACUGAUCUGAAGAGGAAACGAAAUAGAAUCGGCAUAACGGACGGCGAGAAUGAUGCGGAUGAAGAGCAAGAACGAUCCGAAGAAACACUGAUUGUACCUCUUGAGGUGGAAGUAACGAAAAAACGAGGAAUAUUUGCCACAGUGGAUUUGUUAGAUUUUGGAUUGAUAAAGUGGGGUGACAAAUCACCGCAGUUAACUCUCGAAAUUAUUUCGACACUUGAAAAAGGCAUUGACAUCGAGUCGUUAUACGUGGAAAGAAACGAUCAACCAAAUGGUAUCUAUAUGGAGUUCGCUUCUAAGCCUCCGAUUUCAAUUAAAUGUGGCGCUAGGCAACAGCCAGGCGCACCUAAAGCGAUAGCCAAAAUAACGUUCGAUUCGAAACUGCUGAAGCCACCGACGCAUCAAGGAGCGAAAUUGUUACGAUAUAAGGGGAGAAUUAUCGCGGACAGUCGCGGUGGUAAUUACAACGUUUCUGUUCCUUACGUUGCUGCUGUUUAUAGAGGAUCGCUGGAUCAAAGUGCAGAUGAAACUGCAUUCCAUAGUCAGUUAGAGCCACCCGUAUCGCACGGUGUUUCAUUAACGAAUAAUUUACCUUUUGGUAUCGCCAUUUGGAACAUUUCACUGGGUAAAAAUGCACAAAAAUCAUUUGUUGUGAAACUUUUGAGUCGAGUGGUGACGUUGGAAGCAGGCGAAUCUCGACCGGUGUUUUGGUUGAAGUACGCGAAAAAAGAAAGAGAUGAUUUCACAUCGCAUUGCACUCUUCACACCAACGUCACCACAUUCUCUAUACCGAUCGUUAUUUUUAACGGAAAAUUGCGGGUUUAUUUAUAUUCAAUUGAUCAGUCGCAGUUCGAUUUUGGAUUGAUGGAUGCCGGGGAUACAAGAUCGAUUCAGUUCGCAAUAACAAACGAAAACCCGGUUGCCGUUCAAGUGAAACAACUACGAAACGCACUGCCCACAAUGACAUCUCUUCGUUUGUUGGGUAUCGAGGCUGGUAACCAGACGGUACUUUCGAAUACAAAUGAGCGCGAUUUGAGUCAUAUUUGGCAAGAGGGAAUGGAUUUUACAUUGCCUGGUCACAGUUUUGCAGUGUUCAAAUAUACUUUAACGGCGCCGUCUGAUCGAACGGUACUGCGCGAUGUGUUUGUUAUUGAGACUGAUUUCGAGAGAAUGACGUAUCCGGUGAAAUAUUCAUUAGAUGAAGGUGCGGUGGUAUCUGUUCCUGAAAAGUUAACAUUUAGACGUUCUUUUCCGGGUAAAAUGAGUUCACAAGUAUUGCAGGUAUGUGUUUGCAUUUACAAUGCAAAAAGACAGCAGUCAGUCACAUUUCAGAUGUACAGCACAUUCAAGAAGGACAUGCAAGUGCUACGAAUGUCAUCGCUGUCGCACGACCCACGUAUCUUCUUCGAGUCAUUCCCAGCCAAUAACCCACCCGUACUCAAGUCAUCGCAACUCUCGAAUCUCGGCCGUGUGCUUUUCAUGCCUGGUGCAACAUGUACUGAUGAUUGUUAUGUGGGCAUGCCACUGCACACGGCCGAUGGACAGUGGUUUACAUAUGGCAUGAAAUUGCCGCAGAAUUUGGCCGAAAUUGAUUCUUACUUAUAUAAAAGGCUGCGUCGAAAAUGGUUGGCACUGAAGUCGAAUGGCAAGCAUUUGGUGAACGCAACGGUGGUCAUUGAUACUGAUGAUGUGAAACAUUUGAGUGUUCCAGUGCAGGGUGAGCUUGUAUGGCCCCGUCUUCUGACGCGAUCCGUUGUUCAUUUCCCUUUAACGGCUGUCGGGAAUUUCACGAUCGUGAAUCUGACUUUGACGAAUCCGUCAUCACUGCCAGUGGUGGUGCAGUUGCUGCCGUUAGUAAUCUAUCCGGAUGCGGAGACUUUGGUCGAAUUGUUCAAAGAUGAAUUGGAAGAGCCUUUAACAGAUCCGAUUGAAAUGAAUGAAACGUUGAUGUUCUCGUUGAGGGAUACCGAGUUAUUCACACUGAAACGCGAUAGUCCUGUGCCAAAGUUACGCGAACAAUUGGAACGUGUUCUGGGCAUUCAAAUACCGAAAUUCACUCUUUCGAUGAUGCUGCAACCGAGUAUGAAAGUGCGCAUUCGUGUGGGAUUUUUGCCAUCUGAUUACACUCUUCGAUCAUCGUUGCUACUCAUCAGGCUUAUAGUUAGCUUACGCUUACGUCUACAAAAGAUUAAAUUGCAAUCCAAUGAUCCUGGGUUCAAUUUCCGCCUAACCCAUAAACUGUUCACGACACUGACUGUGAAACGGUCGUUUACGGUGGUGAACACGGGCGAGGUGGCAUUCACGAUCGUGAAUAUGAGUCUGAAUAAUAUCGCUUGCGAGAAUCGUGGUUUCAAGAUUCUGAACUGUCAUCCCUUCACACUCGCACCGAAUCAAUCGCAUAUCGUUGACAUCGCGUAUACACCAGACUUUUUGAUGUCGUGGAAUGAAGCGGCAUUGCAGUUCUACAUGCAUAUGAAUGGAACAUCGUGGCUGUUCCCACUGGGUGCGUCGGUACCAAGACAUUUACUAUCCAAGUGUCAUUCCGCAUUGCCGAGACCGCCGUUCGAGAGCUUGAUGUACUAUUCGUGUCCGUCACCGUCAUCGAAAAACGAACGAAAUCGUGUCACAAAAGCGAAAGCUCCGGUCGUAAAGAGUAUUCAUGUGCAAACGAACAACAACUUCUAUGCGAAACGUGGCUCCACGAAGACAUCGACCGCAGAUACCACCACAUCUACAGAUGGCAAUAUUAUGUCUUAUUACAAGACUAUUUCAGGACGAUUGAUAGUUUCGUUUGAUCGUGAUACGAGACGAAACGUCAAUAAAGGCAGUGCUGCAAAAUCAAAUGAAGCAAACGGCAGGAAUCCGUCGAAGAAUAGUCCCAAAAUAAAUGGAGAAAUUAGAAGUACCAAGAAAAAGGGAAGAAACUCGUCGCGAACAAGUAGCUCAUCGCAGUCGCAACGCACCAAAUCCACCGAUCCAUCACCGUCGAGUGCACGCCGUGAACCAGCGAUCAGCAAAUCAGAUAAUUCCAAUCAAACUGCACUCAUUAACAGCAAUGUUCAGAAUUGGAUUGAAAAUGUCGAUUAUGGUAUUGUGACGAAGCAACAACAGCAGCCACCAAAGGUAUCUGCUGCUCAGAGAACCGAUGGAGGAAGGAAGCGAUCUGAGUCCGUAUCAGACGCACAACUUAUAUCAUCGAAACAACGAAGUUUGACCAACGACCAGAGCCAAGCGCCAACCGCAAGAACUGAAGCGAUCAUCGAUGGCGAUAUCAGUCGCGAGUUCCAUCAGAAUCAGUUGAAGCAGCACAAAGAAGGAUUGAGUAGAAGUGGUGAUGAGUUAACGACGAAGAGAUCAAAAGCAACAAGAGCAUCGAACGAACCGAUGAAGUUAGGGUCAAAUCUGUUCACUAGAACAACCGUUCGUAAGUCAAAUUCACUGGAGCCAUCGGCUGCAUUCGAAUCGGCAGGUGAUAUGGAAGAACGAGGAACGGCGAGUAGUAUAAGUAGUGGUGAUGUGGACAGUGAUAUCUUGUCAUCGGGUGGAGGAUACGUUUGUGAUAUCAGCGAUAAGAUGGUCAGUGAUCAGCAUUCACAUGCACGUUUGAACAGUGGUGCGGAGUGUGACGCGAGAAACUGGACACACUCAAGACAGUCACUUGACGAAAGGUCUGAAGCUGGUUUGAGUGAUGCAAGCGCAGCACCUGAAUGGGCUGAUUCAAAUCUGGCAAAUAGUUUAGAAGGGAACGUCGAUGAGGAUUUCAGUGCACUGGCAAUGGCUGCAGCAUGUUUGUUCGAUGCUAACGAUAAGAAUGGCGACACGAAUAAAGAAUACGACUAUUCGCUCGCGAACCAACAACAAUCGCAGCACAAAACAGCGAAACAGUCAUCGAGAAGAAAUGCAAAAAAGAAAUACAAUGCGCAUACGAACGCUAACAAUCUCUAUCCUGUGAAAGCCAAUAAACAGAGUGCUGCCUCAUCUCGAAGUGCAUCGUGUUCGUCGAUGGAUGCGACGAAUUCAGCGUCACGAAACAAAGAUUUACCAACUCAAUCGCCACAAACCAACAAGAACGAUGCCGUUUAUCACGCUAAUCAAUCGCAUCCCUAUCAACCAAUUCCCAAUCAACAACAACCACAACAACAACCUUAUUCCAAACAACGUCGCAGAUCAUCGCAGCAACAAAAAUCCUCUCAACAAUUGAACAUACCACCGUUCAACAGGUCUGCUGAGAAGCCAGGCGGCGCUUUGAAACCGAGUGCUUUCAUUCAACAACUCCAAAUGGAACGUAAAACUGCCGAAGAGAAGUAUCUGAAGAAGAAAAAGAAAAACAAAUCGAAUGCCGCCGCAGCAGCAGCAGUAGAAGAUGCAUCGCGGGAAGUUUGGCCAGGCUUCAAUCUGAAAUUGCCAGCGUUGGCCGAGAAUCUGUGGGAUAUGGAGUACGAGAUGAGUGGUGAAGUGGUGGGGUGCGGCGAUGUGAAUGCAACACGCUCUCAACAAAGAUCGUCGAUGUCUCGAUGGAAUCAACAGCAUCAGCAGCAGAAUAUCGGUGACAGCGAUGGUACGACCUCAAGUCAGUCAUCAGUAUGGCCGUUGAGACCGCCAACAAAUCGAGCGGCUAGUGGCAGUAAAAGCAGCAGUACGGACGCAGUGGCGCAGUCGGUGCGAGCAUUCCGCCUGAACCCUCAAGCACAACCGUUCUUCAUCGAUGCCACUGCCCCUUGUGCUGCUGCUGGCACCAACAAUACGCCCGUUCAACCGGCACUAGGCGUAGCCGCCGCAACAACAACAGCAACUGAUACCACCGCAGAUUCAUCAUCGGUGAUCAUGAAACUGCUUACAGAUGCCAACAUCAGCAUGAAUAACACCUCAGCUGCGACCGUCCAGAAUCAGGGCGCCACUUCACGAUUGGGCGCGGGAUCAGUGCCAUCGACGAGUGGCUUAUUUGAUGGUUUGAUGGACGAUCCGUUGGGUUUGUCUGGAAGUUUAUUCGGUCGGGGUGCGACAAAUAUCUGGGCGAGUGGAUUAUCCUCGUCCGCAACAACGACGACGAACCCGCUGAAUGAUCUGAGUGCGAAUACACCCUCAGAGGGCAGCAAUGCCGAUACCAACUCUGCAGCUAUCUUUUGGGCUGAGCAAUUCCUGGCCGAUCAAGAAAAUGACAACAAAUGA